CAAAACUGAUUCAGAAAAGUAAGACAUGGUGAGCAGUCCCAUAGUUUACAACUUCAAUCCAUAAUUGUCCAUUAAAACACCCCUUCUCUCCCUCUAUUUAAAGGCACAAAGUUUAGGACAUGAACCCCACCCACCCCCAAUCAAAACCUCUAUAUAUCACUUUCCCUCCACCCUCUCAUUCCAAACCCCAUAACCACUUUUAGCCAUAGUCUACCCCUAACUAUGGCAUCAUUUAGGUCACUAUUAACCCUUCUACUUGCCCCCUUUCUUUUUUCUUCCAUUGCUUCCUCUUACUCAUUGAAAGACAUCCAAUCAUGGUGCAACCAAACCCCUUACCCUCAGCCAUGUGAGUACUACUUGACCAACCAUGCCUUCAACAAACCCAUCAAAAACAAAUCCGAUUUCCUCAAAGUCUCCCUCCAACUAGCUCUAGAGAGAGCACAAAACGGUGAACAGAACACAAAUUCAAUAGGCCCCAAGUGCCGCAACGUGCAUGAAAAAUCUGCAUGGGAAGAUUGCCUUGAACUCUACGAAUACACCAUCCAAAAGCUCAACAAAACCGUUGACCCUUACACCAAGUGCACCCAAACCGACACACAAACAUGGCUCAGCACUGCCCUAACAAACCUUGAAACAUGCAAAGCUGGAUUCUAUGAACUUGGGGUCCCAGAUUAUAUACUACCCUUGAUGUCAAAUAAUGUCACAAAGUUACUUAGUAACACCCUCUCUCUCAACAAGGGUUCUUACCAAUCUCAACCACCAAGUUACAAAGAUGGUUUCCCAACAUGGGUGAAGCCAGGUGAUAGAAAGUUGUUGCAAUCAUCUUCAGCAGCUUCUAAGGCCAAUGUGGUGGUGGCUAAAGAUGGCUCUGGCAAGUACACAACGGUGAAAGCAGCCGUUGAUGCUGCUCCAACGAGUAGUAGUGGAAGGUAUGUGAUAUAUGUGAAGGCUGGCGUAUACAAUGAACAAGUUGAGGUAAAAGCAAAGAAUAUAAUGUUGGUUGGAGAUGGUAUUGGAAAGACCAUAAUCACAGGUAGUAAAAGUGUUGGAGGAGGCUCCACAACUUUCCGUUCUGCCACUGUUGCUGCUGUGGGUGAUGGAUUCAUUGCACAAGAUAUCACAUUCAGGAACACAGCAGGAGCAGCAAAUCACCAAGCUGUGGCAUUCCGUUCAGGCUCUGAUCUCUCAGUGUUCUACAAAUGCAGCUUUGAGGGUUACCAAGACACACUCUAUGUCCACUCAGAGAGGCAAUUCUACAGAGAAUGUGACAUCUAUGGCACAGUGGAUUUCAUCUUUGGAAAUGCAGCAGUAGUCUUGCAAAACUGCAACAUCUAUGCAAGAAGCCCUCCACAGAAAACCAUCACAGUCACAGCACAAGGCAGAACUGACCCUAACCAAAACACAGGCAUCAUCAUUCACAACUCCAAGGUCACAGGUGCCUCUGGCUUUAACCCUAGUUCGGUUAAAUCAUACCUUGGGAGGCCCUGGCAAAAGUACUCAAGGACAGUGUUCAUGAAGACCUACCUGGACAGCUUGAUCAACCCUGCUGGUUGGAUGGAAUGGGAUGGUAACUUUGCUUUGGACACUUUGUACUAUGCAGAAUAUGCAAACACUGGUCCUGGCUCCAGCACUGCAAAUAGGGUUUCAUGGAAGGGUUACCAUGUCCUCACUAGUGCCUCUCAGGCCUCACCUUUCACUGUUGGAAACUUCAUUGCUGGAAACUCUUGGAUACCUAGCACUGGUGUCCCUUUCACCUCUGGACUUUAAAUAUUGUAUGUUGCUUAUAGUCAUUCAUUAGAAGUUUGGUGCACCUUUGCAUUGAUUCAUGUAUUUUAAAUUAUUUGCCUCAACACAAAUGUAUAAUAUAUGGGUUGCUGUGCUAGAGAAUAAGGCAAGAAAAAAAUAAGUGGGUGGGCUACAAAUUGUAUUAUUGGUGUUUAUAUUGUUACUUGAUUUAAAGAAUUGUAAUUGCUGGUGGAAUUGUAUUUCACUGUAGAAUCAAAGCUAAAAGUUUCAUUAUUUGAAA